AUGGAUUUUGAGAAAGAGUACUUGGAUGCUGUUUUGGUCACAGCUGGGCUUCUGUUCAUGUUUCUUUACCACCUCUUCCUCCUGUACCAAUACAUCCAUGACGCCACCAAAACAUCCAUCGGUUACGAAAACAAAGACAAAGAAACUUGGGUUCAAAAGAUCUUGAAGGUCACUGAGGGUACUAAUGAUGAUGCAGUUGGGGACAAUGUUAGCACAGGACUUAGUGUGAUUUCCUCAAACACAAGCGCAACCAUGACCUUAGCGUCAAUCUCCUUAACUCUCUGCGCUGUUAUCGGAGUCUGGAUUGCAAGUUCAACCAAUAAGUUCUUCCCAUUAGAAAUGGUUUACGGCAACACAAGCGAGUCAAUCAUUUCUAUCAAGUACUUAUGCCUGUUGAGCUGCUUUCUCCUUGCUUUUUCGUUCUUCGUUCAAUCUGCAAGGCACUUUGUCCAUUCAAACUACCUAUUGAGCACUCCAGGAGCCACGAAAGAAGAGGAUGUGGAAAAAGUGCAGAAAGCGGUUGAAAGAGGAAGUAUCUUUUGGUCAUUGGGACUCAGAGCACUAUAUUUUGCUCUUAAUUUUCUGCUGUGGUUCUUCGGGCCUAUACCAGUGUGUGCUUGCUCUAUUGUAAUGGUAUUUGUCCUGUACUGCCAUGAUUUCAGGAAGGACUCGAAACCGUCAGAUAGUCGAAAGAAGGGAUGA